CCAGUCCGUAGUGCGGCAGCUCUCGGGCUGUGGCUUUGGGUGUAGUGACGGACCGGCCGGCGACCGGUGGCGGAUAGCGGCGGGCCGCCAUUGAAUUGGGUGGUACUUGCAGUGUGUGAGAGGCGUGGUCGUGUUCCGCACAGUACAGCGGCACGGCAGUGUCGGGCCAGCCCAAACAAAAGGCGGCUGCCGGCCCGCAGGUGCGGUGCUACCGCCCACGUUAUACGACAGCGACACGUGUCUGUGGCAGUGAAUCAGACUGGCGCGGGCCGGCCGCCGCCGCCGCCGACCACCAGUCCCGGCCGCCACCGGUGCUAGUCGGUGUCAGAGCGCCGCGCCGGCUCCCCUGCUGCUGCUGCUGCUGCUGCUCGCCGCGCCGACCCUCGGUCUCGACUCGUGCCCGUCCGUUCAGACCAAUCCCAGCGCCAUGGAGCCGGUGACCAGCCACCAGACGCAGGCGGCCUCCCGGCUGUACCGAGUGCUGACAGAGGCGGCCGGCGACGACAACGUGUUCCUGUCGCCGUUCAGCAUCGCCACCGCGCUGUCCAUGGCCUUCGGCGGCGCCGGCGGCGACACGGCGCUCCAGCUGCGGCAGGCGCUGGCGCUGCCCGAGGACGCCGCGUCGCUCCACGACGGCUACGGCAAGGUGCUGGCCAAGCUGAACGACCCGCCGAACGUCACACUCAGCACCGCCAACAAGAUGUACGUGCAGAACUCCUACAAGAUACUGGACAGCUACCUCGAGCUCAUGAAGAACCAGUACCUCAGCGAGCUGAAGAGCGUGGACUUUGCAGACGCGGCCGGCACAAGCAAACUGAUCAAUGAUGACGUGGAGUCACUGACGAGAGGGAAAAUCAAGGACUUGAUCGAUCCGAGUGCCCUGAACGCACUUGUGCGCCUGGUGCUGGUGAAUGCCAUCUACUUCAAGGGCUCGUGGCAAGAGAAGUUUGACAAGGAGGUGACGCAGAAGCAGGACUUUUUCGUCACUCCAGACAGCGCCGUGAAGACAGACAUGAUGUUCAUGGACGGCAAGCGCUUCAACUGCGGCGUGCUCUCCGACCUCGGCUGCAAGGCUCUGGAGCUGCCGUACGAGGGCCGGCGGUUCAGCAUGUUGCUGCUGCUGCCCGACAAGAAGGACGGACUGAAGGCUCUGGAGGAGAAGCUUGCCAACACACCGGUCCAGUCCAUCAUGCAGAAGCUGCACAGUGAAAAGACUACCAUCAGCAUCCCCAAGUUUAAGUUGGAAGCGUCCUACAACCUCGAAGACCAUCUGAAGAAGCUGGGCAUCGUUUACUUGUUUGAUUUCAAUUCGGCGGACCUGUCCAAGAUAUCGGGCAACAAUGACCUCUUUGUGUCCAAGGUAGUCCACAAGGCCUUCAUUGAGGUCAACGAGGAGGGCGCCGAAGCGGCCGCCGCCACGGGCAUGAUCAUGAUGAUGCGAUGCAUGCCCAUGGAGCAGUUCGAGUUCUUUGCCAACCACCCGUUCUUCUUCGCUAUCGUUGACAACGAGGUCGGUCUGGUUUUGUUCUCUGGCCGUUACGUCAAGCCCGAGUGAGCGGCAUACCAACAGGUUCAAUAUGUUAACAUGGGUCUAGUCACUGUGUGCCUUGUGGACUUUAUAUAAUCACUUAAUCUUAAUCGGAAGGAAAGGGACGGCCCUUGGCGCGAAUCCCGUCUUGUUCUAUGCUGUCUAUGUGAUAAACAAACGCCUAUGUUUCACUGAGCUGUAACAAUGAGACAAAGUGUGAUCUUAUGGAUGCUUGGUUGGGUUUUGUUUUGUUACUCAGGGGUGUUUGAUUUCCUAUUUUCUUCAAACGUGAUUAUUAAUUUCUGUGUGACAAGGAGCCAAAUAUACGCUAUCUAUUUCCAAACAAAUUCGUUAUUGAAAUCAUUAAUGCCUAGUUAUAUAUUGGUGAUUGGUCACCCUUGGAAUGAUGGGCGGUUAAACACCAUAUGAAUAAUUACCCCUUUGCUCACCGAUUUAAAGGGACCCUCCCACUUUCAAAAAAGUUAAUGAAUUGGCAUAAAAGUGAUGUAGCGUGAAUCACAAAGAGCGGAAAUGAACAUCUACCAAAUUUUACCGGAAAAUAUUCACCCGUUUUCGAGAUAUAAGACUUUUAUUUUUGUUUACUUUUUGGGAACUCCGCUGCUUCUAUGACGUCACAUAAAGGUUUUCUUUACGUCGGCAUUUGGAAGCAAUAGUUUGGUAUCAAAGUGCGACAAAUAUUGCGCGAAUGAUACGUUUAUCUUAUCAAGGUCAAUAUAUGAUGGCCAAUAAAGGAUUCCAGGAUAAUUCUGCUUAUGGCAUUUCUUCGUGUCGCAAUUCUUCGUCUGCAAAUCUUCGUCAGGGCAUUUAUUCGUAUCGCAUUACUCUGUCUCGCAUCAGGGUAUAUGAAAAUCGGCUCGCAUUUCUUCUUCAACGCAAAUAUAUGCAAGAGUAAGAGGGACAAAUAAAUGCACCGACGAAGAUUUGUAGACGAAGAAAUGCGGACGAAAAAUUGUGCUACGAAGAAAUGUCAUGCGAGGAUUCGUUCGGGUACCAUGACAUUUAUGUGAUUUCAAAGUCAAGGUUCACAGCUGAUCUGCUAAAUCAAGCCAAGAAUCCAAACUAUCAAAAAACUAUAAAUAUUUGUUUGUCACAGAGGUCUCAAGCAAUAGGGGGGUUUUGGGGGGUAUAAAUGUAAAAAUUUCGCUAAAAACAGGUCAUAAGUUUUUCGCUUAUAACUUUUGAUCUAAUUAAGAUAGAGCAAAAAGAAAAGCACCAGUGAACUCAGCACGUCAAGGCGCGUCGAAUGAUAUACUUUUCAGCUUGCUUAAGUGUACUUAAAGUUUUUCUUAAAUUUUAAGUAAACUUAAAUUAAUAAAUUAAGUUCAACGUAACCAAAUUGCAUCAUAUCGCAUAUCAUUCGAUUCGGCUGAUCACCAGGAACACAAUGAUACCAUUUUUGAAGCUCUAGCGUCAUUAUGUGCCAAGUUAUUGGCAAAAACGUCAUUUGACCUCAGUUGACCUCAUUUGACCUGACCCAUGGAUAAGUACACCAAACAAAGAAGCACCAAGUGACCUGCUGUUAAGUACCGUGGUUUCAAAGCACAAAAGUGAUAGAACGAAGCGGAUAUCUCCAGUAUUUUCCGAAUUUAGUAUUUUCCCAUAGGCUUAACAUUACGACGUAAUGACCUCUAACUGACCUCAGGUCAGUGACCUCAAAAAAGCCGGACUAUAUGUUAUACAACUCGGUGAACUUAGCACAUCCUGAAAGUUUGAAGGAAAUCAGUCCAAAACUGUGAGUUGGACAGGUGCAAAAAGAAAAUUGAAAUUUGACCAUGACCUUGUACCGGUUUUUCUGACCUGGUGACCUGACCCAAGGUCACCCGGACCUGAAAUUUUCAGGUCAUAUGUAAAAAGGCUGCCCCAUAGGCUGUGCCAAAUUUGGCGGCGCGCAGCGCCACCGUUUUUACGCUAUCUUCGAAAAACCUUAGGGAGGGGUCGCAUCGACCCCCCCCCUGCCAGGGCGAGGGUUAAAGAGAGUGGAAUAAUAUGGAUAUAAUGAUACUGUUGUGGCGUGAAUUUAGUUACGCUGUUCAGAGUUCGUAUCAGCUGCGCCAGAAUUGUGCGAGGUUGCUUUGUUAUUUUUAGGGAAGACCCAAGUCGUGUCAGCUGAUUGCAAAUUCCGAACCGGCGCCAAUGUGAUUUGUAAAAUGUAGACGUUUCAUGCCCACGCGUUGUAGUCGUGCUCAGUUUCUUAUUUGAUAGGCACUAUGAUUGUAAGAACGCUCACCGCCCUCUCGUCUUGUGUUUAGUCACGGCAUCGGCCCACUACUAAGUCCGGGGUGGACUUCCGGUGAUGGCGGCGUAGGCGUUGGUCACGUGGUUUUUUGGUAUCUUGUUGUGCGGCGGCCAGAAUACAUGUCCGGCAGUUCC